AUGCCCUCCGUCGCGUUGUUCUGCCACUUCUUCUACCUCCGGAUCAAUGGCAACCAGUGCUCGGGGUGCGCCUGCUUCAUCACGGACAACGGCAGCAACGCGAUUUCGCGGGCCCGAAAGAAGGUGGAAGACUUCCGGAACAAGUGGGUCUUCAUGGACGCCAAGUGCUCCUAUCCUCGGCUGGAGCUGCCGACCGGGCUUCCGAUUCCCCGAGAAGGGUGGUCUCACAAGAAGCUCACCGAUCCCCGGGCGGAGCAGUUUCUGGAGAGGAUGGUGGCCGACCUGAAGGCGGACGACCCGAAGGCGGAGAGGCUGACGGGGGCCAUGAUCGUCAAGGAGACCAGGGUUGCCCCCCGGACACCCAUCUCCCAUUGUACCACCGCGCCGACGGGGAGAAGAUUGCCGACGCCAUGCCCGUUUUCGAGUGGGCUCAUACCUCUAGAGCCUUCCCGUCCCCCGGGCUCCCCGGUGACGGUGUCCUUCGGCGAGUUCAGCGAGGAGGAGAAGGUGGACUCGGAGGUGACCUGGGAAGAUGCAGGGGAUACCUCUCCCCCGGGCCAGACCGAUCUCCUCCACGUCCUUUCCGAUGACGACGACGCCAGUGAGCACCCAUUCAGGGAGUCUCCGCGCUCCGCCGGGAUCACCACGAGGUCCAGGGGCACCCCUCCGAAGAAGCUGAAGCUGGGGGUCCCGAAGAAGGGCAAGUCGGCGCUGCUUUCUCGAGGCGACGCCUCCGCCUCGUCGUCGGCCGACGCUGCCGCAAAUCCGGGCGCCGCGCCCUCGCCCGCCCCUGAGGCUUGCGCAACGGCUCCCAUGACUAUGAAGCCUGCGGGCAUCGCGCUCCUGAAGAGGACGAGGGAUUAUGUUGCCGUGCACCAGCCAAUGCCGGUGGCGAAGAAGAAGAGGGAGGAGGCCAGAACCACCGUGGCCAAGCAGCUUGCCACGGACGCGCCACAUCCGGCACAGAAGGACGAGGAGAAGGCGAUCCCAGCGGCCAGGCCAGCUCUGGAGGCGCCCGACCUCAGCUCGCCAGAUGAGGUCCUGGAGGCUUCAGAGCCCCUGGCCCUCUCUGCCGCUUCUGCUUCGCCGGUCCUAACGCUGGGGCCGUCUCCUCCCCCGUCCAUCACACCGCAGGUCCGUGAUUCUUCCGCCGCGCCCGGUGUUCUGGAGGAGGCCCUCUCCGUGCUGGAUCAGCUUCGGGGCGAUCUUCAAGGGCCUGACAGGCGCAGGGCGUCGGGGCGCCUACAGCAUAUCUUAGGAUGGCUCCGGGCCGACGCGUCCGUCAGGGCGGCCUGGGACCAAGCCGUGGCGGCCUUAGAGGAGGGCCAGCAGGUAGUUGGCCUAGCCGCGGCCGCCCGUGACAUGGCAGAGAAGGAUGCCAAGGCAGCCAAGGAGCACUGUCACGCAGCGGAGGCCGAGCUGAAGAGCCUUCGUGACAAGCAGGCCACCCAGGCCCGCCAGCUUGAGAUGCAAGAGGAGAAGCUGAAGGCUCGGGAAGCUGCGGUUGCCGAUCAUGACACCGAGCUGGAGCAAGCGGCCCGGGAGCAAGCCACUGAGCGCGGCUGCCUAGUGAAGUUGAAGGAGGAGGUGGAGGCAGAGAAGGCCCAGCUGCAGGCCAGGAAGAAACUCCUUGCCGAGGCUGAGGAGGCAGCCAACGCGAGGCAUGCCGCAUUUGACUCCCUCAAGAAGAGGUCCCGCAAGGCACUGCAGGAUCUCUACGGGAGCGGGUUGAAGGAGCCGUUGGUGACCUCGGAUGAAGGCACCACCGAGCUGCUCCUCAAGCUCGUCACGACGCUCGAGGGCGUUGUCGUUGGGGUUGGCCCCAUGGUGGAAGGGGAAGCCCGCACGCUCUGCACCUCGGCCAUGACACGCGUCUUCAGCCACCCCCAUCUUGGCGACCCCAGCUUCGACUUUAGUGCCUUGCUUGAGCCUGUGGACCCAGAGCGCUACACCACCGCUGCCGAAGCCGUGAAGGACCAGGUGCAGGCCCUACUGCGGAAGUUCCUCGUCGUCGACCCCGCGACCACGGCUGACGGUGCCGUCGACCCCAUGACCACGGCUGACGGCAAGGGCGACGAUGACGUCAUCGACGACGGGACUCCCCUCAUGGGGGAUGGUAGUGUCCAAGGCUGA